UGAUUUUUUGGGAAUGCUCUCAUUUUCUUGUCGAUCUUGUAUAUAAAGAAGCAGCUGUGCGCAACUAUCGCUCUUUGUUUCGACUGCUGUUCAGACUCACUCACCUCCCUCACUUGCGAUUAUCCAGUCAGUACAUCUAUCGUCCGACGAGAUAUCGAUCAUAUAACCGUGCAGUGUGUCCGUGGAUCGAACUCGACUCUGCCGGGUGGAGUUCCGCAAGCAUAAUUCCAGACACACGAGCACCCACCUCCGUCAUCCACCUCAUUCCCUCCCCCAAUCUUCCCACAGCAGCGAGACCGAACAAACAAACGACACCAUGGGCGAAAAGAACAUCGUCAUCCUAGGCGGCUCCUGGGCCGGCAUCAACUCCGCCCACUACUUCCUCAAGAACGUCCUCCCCAAGCUCCCCCAAGACACCACAACAUACAAAGUCUUCCUCAUCAGCCCAUCCAGCAAAUACUGGCACCGCGUCGGCGGGCCCCGCGCAAUCAUCUCCAAGACCGCCCUGCCGCGCGAGAAGCUGAUCCAGGACAUCCCCUCGCACUUCACGCACUACCCCGACGGCAUCUUCACCUUCAUCGAGGCCACCGCCACCGCCCUCGACACCGAAGCCAGAACAGUAAACUACCGCCUCACCACCACCACCAGCGCCACCGAAGCAAUCCCCUACCACGCCCUCCUCAUCGCAACAGGCGUAAGCUCCCGCUUCGCCCCCUUCAACCACCUCGCCGACAUCACCGUCCUCGAAUCCGCCCUCGACCAAACAAGCGCCAAAAUCGCCUCCGCAUCCACCAUCGUCAUCGCCGGCGGCGGCCCCGCGGGCGUCGAAACAGCCGGCGAAAUCGCCUCCUUCAAAAACGGCGAACCAGCCUGGUACGCAGGCACAAACACCCACCCCACCGCCAAAAUCACCCUCCUCACCUCCGACGCCAAGCUCCUCCCCUUCCUCCGCCCCGCCCUCGCCCAGCGCGCACACCGCUAUCUCGCCCGCCUAGGCGUAACAGUCACCUACAACACCCGCGUCGAAUCAACCACCGACUCCGCGGCCGGUGAUCAGACUAUCAUCAAUCUCUCCUCCGGCGAGCAGAUGACCGCGGACCUGUACAUCCCUGCGCUAGGCGUCGUGCCGAAUACCGCCUUUGCGCCCCCGCACAUCCUCACUGCGCAGGGUAAGAUCAACAGCGACAAGGCGCUGCGUGUCGUGAGCGCGGGCCCGCGCGUGUAUGCCGUCGGCGACGUGGGCGCGCAUGUCACGCGCGGCGGCAUCAUGGCUAUCGCGGCGCAGGUCCCUGUUGCUAUGACGAAUCUGCACCGCGACUUGCUGGCCUGUGCUGCCGCGGACGGGGACGAGAAGACGGGUGUUGUUGCGACGGCCUCGGGCCCGGAUCGUGUGUAUGAGGAGGAUAUGCGGGAGAAUCAGAGUGUGCCGGUGGGGCGGGGGAAGGCGGUUGGGGCGUUUGGCGGGUGGAGGAUGCCGUCGUUUAUGCUGUGGCUGGUGAAAGGGAGGGAUUAUUUGUUGUGGACUGCUGGGAUGCAGUUGUCGGGGAAGGCGGCGGGGGAGAGUAAGUGGACGCCGCCGAAGAAGUAGGAGGUGUGGAGAGUGGAUGAGUGAAAGGAGGGGGCUGUCGGCGGUAGACGCCGGGAUGUGUGUUGAGCGAGUGCUUUGCGGGAUGAAGGGUCCCGUGGGUUUUUUUUGUUUUUUCUGGGAUUUAUGUAAAGCAUGUUUUUUCUGAGCCGAGUCCUGUAUCUGUUGGUUAGAGUGGGAUCGUAUAAUAGGGUUUAUAAAGGGGAGAGCUUGGGUGUGUGUGUUUUGAUAAAUGAAUCCACUUAGCUUGAAGAUGGCCUCCUAACUGCUUUGGUCAUAG